AUGUCAACCCCCGAAUUGAUUGUGGAAAAAGGAUCUGAAUCGGACAGCGUCGUCAUGGUCGAUCAUACGGAUAUCAACAGUGUGGAAUCCGAAGAUGCGAAUAUUCCCAGUGAACCUCAUGCCAUGCAAGUCAUUUCCAUUGGAACCGAAGAGGAUCAAUACGCCUUUACUUUUCACGAAAAGAAACUCAAUGCGAUCAUGAGCAAAAUUCCACCUGGCUGGAAGGUUUCAGUGGUGAGUGUGGUGGGAGCCUUUCGAACAGGAAAAUCCUUCUUGUUGACUUGGUUUUUGAGAUACUUGAGUCACAUUUCGGCCACCACUGCUACUGGAGAGGCUGUUACGGACGAUGAUGGAAAGCCUUGGUACGAACAGAUUAAUUCUCUGGGCAACGAUGCCUUUCAUUGGGCGGGAGGAGCCGAUCGUCAUACGACGGGAAUCUGGAUGUGGAGUCAACCACAUUUUAUUAAUCGAAAAUUGCCCAAUGGAGAAAUGGAAUCCUUGGCCGUCUUGUUGGUCGACUCACAGGGAAUGUUUGACAAUGAAACCACCAUGUCGCUGACGGCUUCCAUUUUUGGAAUGAGUACUCUAUUGAGUAGUUACCAAAUUUACAAUGUGGAAAAGAGAAUUCAAGAAGAUAACCUUCAACAGCUUGCGCUCUUUUCCGAGUACGCUCGUUUGGCCGUGGAAGCGGAUCAAGUGCAUCAAGAAAAUGUCAAACCAUUUCAAAAGAUUGAAUUCCUAGUACGCGACUGGCAGAAUUUUGAAGACGAGGACGAUUAUGAACAAAUGGAAAAGGAAAUGGUCGAAUACUUUGAAAAGGUCAUUGCUGAUCGAGAUGCCAAGGACUUGCAGGAAACUCGGGAACAAAUCAGUAGCUGUUUCGAAAGUGCUUCCUGUUAUGCCUUUUGCCAUCCAGGAAAAAAUGUCACCAAAAAGACAUACACUGGGGAUGUCACUCAAAUUGAUGAAACCUUUGUCAAACUUUUGGAUCGAUACUGCAAACGAGUCUUUUCGUUUGAAAAUUUGCAACCCAAGUCCAUUCAAGGACGUCAUGUGACAGCCAUUGAAUUAGGAUCCUACAUCAAGGCUUAUGCCGAGAUGUUCGCCAGUGGCGCCAGUUUCCCCGAGGCAUCUACCAUGUUGGAAGCUACUUCCCAUGCCAAUAAUAUCAAUGCGGUCAACAUGGCCAUUGGUCAAUACAAGGACACUAUGAACCGAAUUGCGGGCCCCAAGUGUUCCAACUACAUUCGAGCAGAAGAGCUCAAGGAGGAUCACCGAAUGCUUUUGGCCAAAUCGUUGCAGUUUUUCGAUAACAUGGCCACAUUUGGUAGCAAGCAAAGUAUUCAAGGGGCAAGAAAGACUGUUGUGGAUCAGAUCAAUGAUGAAUUUGAUGUCUAUCAAUCAUUGAAUGUGGGAAGAAAUCCAUUGGCUGGAUUGGAAACCUACAUUAUUCCACUUUCGGUCGCAUUCAUUUCCUUUAUGUUCCGAUUUAUUGCGGAUUACACAUGCUCUCCAUACUCGCAUGUCUGCCGAAAGAGUUCGGAAUUCUUUUCUCAUGUAUACGCAGUGGUCCUUUGCUUUAUGCUAAUCGUGGGCAUGACAAAGGCACAACAAAUAAAGGAACUCGUACAACGGGUCAAGUCGGUAGUGCAAAUGAUGAACGAGGGACCUUCCAAAAAGAAAAAGGCUGACUGA